UCUAUCCCUUCCCAAGUCUCUCCGGCCAUGGCUGCGCCACCACUCCUCCUCCUCCUCCUCUGCCUACUCGCAGCCAUCUUCAAUAAUCAAUUCAAUCUCUCGCGCUCUGCCCUGUUCAAGUUCAAGAAUCAAGAUUGUGGAACUGCCCUGUUCACUCCCUCUCCCUCUCCCUCUCCCUCUCCCUCUCUCAACGGAUACACCCACUUUCUGUCCCUUCCCAAGUCUCUCCGGCCAUGGCUGCGCCACCACUCCUCCUCCUCCUCUGCCUACUCGCAGCCAUCUUCAAUAAUCAAUUCAAUCUCUCGCCAUGGUAGGCUGCCCUGUUCAAGUUCAAGAAUCAAGAUUGCGGAACUUCCCUGUUCAAGUUCAAGAAUCAAGAUCGUGGAAGAGGAGAGGAUGAUGGUAAAGCAUAUAGGAGACGAGAGGAUCCGCGCAAAUCAUUCGAACUCCAUUUCAAACCCAAGAUGGUUACGAGAGAAAAUGGCCGGAUGAUCGGACGACCGAUCCCAUAAUAGGGAGUAUCUCCUACUUUUUCUUUUAAUUUACGCUUUCCAUUUAUUUUAUUUUCUUGCAUAUCCCGG